AUGAAGCUACACAACCUCUUGCAGACCCUGCUACUGACAGCAUCAGCUGUUGUAGAUGCCGGAACAAAGCCCAGAUCCGCAGUCGGUUCUUCCAAUAUCGAUAGAAAGAGCAAUGGCGACACUCGCAAGUUCAUCAUUGAAGUUGAGCCGAAUCACGGACUAGCUACACUGGCACGCCAGUUUCUUAUGAAACCUGACCGGAAAAGACCCCUGUUCAAAAGUCUUGAUUGCAGUGAUGUUUUCAAUGGAAUGGUGGUAGAGACCGACACUGACAAUACAGAUACAUUGCUUCAGAUGGAGGGUGUUAUCAAUGUGUGGCAAGCACACAAAGUAUCCAUGCCCAAAGUUGAACAGUCAAAACACGGCCCAUCUUCCUCAAUAAGAAACUAUUCUCUUCACCACUGGACGGGCGUCGAUAAACUUCAUGCCGCUGGAAUACGUGGAAAGGGGGCCACUGUCGCCAUAGUCGACACAGGUAUUGACUAUACGCACAAAGCGCUUGGCGGUUGCUUCGGUCCAAGAUGUAAAGUCAAAGGGGGUUAUGAUCUUGUGGGAGCCGAGUGGGAGACGCACAACGAGAAGAAACAUCCAAAGCGACCAGACAAUGAUCCCAUGGAUUAUCAGGGCCAUGGAACACAUGUAGCUGGUAUUAUUGCUGCUGAGAAUGAAUGGCUUACCGGCGUUGCGCCUGAUGCGGAACUUCUUAUUUACAAGGUGUUCUCCGAUAAUCCCUGGGAAACUGACGAAGUGACUAUAAUGCAAGCAUUAUGCGAUGCUUACAAUGCGGGAGCCGAUAUCAUUACUUCAAGCAUUGGACAACCAAAUGGAUGGUCUGAUAACCCCUGGGCUGUUCUAGCUAGCCGACUGGUCGAAAAGGGAGUCGUGGUGAUCGCAUCAGCUGGCAAUGAAGGAGAGUUUGGACCGUUCUACUCCAGUAGCGGCGCUGUCGGACAUGGUGUACUCGCCGUGGCCGCUGCUAAUGUCACCACAAAGCCGAAUGCCAACAAAACCGGCGAGGACUAUGGACCUAUGCCCGUCUACUUCACCACUUGGGGACCGACUAAUGAGUUGCUCCUCAAGCCCGAUAUCGCCGCUCCAGGCUUCGAAAUCACGAGCACGGUGUUGAACCAGAGUUACGAAGAACUAAGUGGGACAUCCAUGUCCGCGCCAUACAUAGCAGGUAUCGCAGCCCUGUUCAUCGGGAAAUAUGGUGGGCGUGCUUUUAAUGGUGCUGGAGUGGCCAAGAUGCUUCGAGAUCGCAUUGCUUCGAGUGGGAAAAGCCUGCCGUUUGUGAACAGCCAUCUCAAUCGGAAAUUCAAAGCUCCACCAUUCCAGGUCGGAACUGGGCUGGUUGAUGCAAUCAAGGUGCUUAAUUACGAUACCCAACUUGAGUAUGAGCCCUUUGCACUGAAAGAUACCGUACUGUUCAAGCCACGAUGGAGGUUCAACAUUACCAACACUGGCGGAAGGGUACAUCAAUACACUUUCAAACUCGAGCCACAGGCAGGCUUCAACAUCUACGACGCCAACUACGGGGUUUCUCUGUUGUAUGGCAUUGAGCCAAAAAACAUCGUCCCUCCUGUGAGACUCCCUCAUACAGUUUUCAUAGUACCAGGAGAGACAAGAGAGCUGAGUGUCACUUUUGGUCUUCCAGACGUUGAUGACGAUUACUUGCCAUUGUAUGGCGGUAAGGUAUGGGUCAUCUCCGAUCAUGGAGAGAAACUAUCUAUACCAUAUGGAGGAGCUGCGUAUGAUACCGAAAAGGCAUUCGAUAACAUGUUCAUCGUUGAACCGUUUGUCACAGAUCCUGACAAGGACUUGACCUGGUCUUUCAACAUCGACAAAGACCCGAAUGACUUUAUUGAGAUUGGUGGUAGGCUGUCAUACGCUUGCCACAACCUCAGAUGGGAUAUAUUUGAGCAAGGUUGGACGGAAUCACUCUGGACUUAUCCUCCUCGUGUUGGCGAAUUUGGCUACAUCGGUUCAGCAACAACUAUGCGAGACGCCGAAGAAUUUUGGUUCUUCGACCCAACCGUUAACGAUUCGAACGAUACUAUACCCUUCCCACUCAAACGUGAAUCGCGUGGCUUCCAUGUCUUUUGGUGGUUCGGGAAGCUCGCCAACGGAACAAGAAUAGCGCCCGGAAAUUACACCAUGAGGUUUGCAGCCCUGAGACCUUAUGGGAAUCCAAACAUUUCGGAUCACUGGGACAUCAUGUACAGACUAGUGGAUAGCAGCAUACAGGUGCUGCCGUACACCGACACACCCAGCUCGAAUUUGACAUCCAAAGCACCCCGGUACCAGAUGCCGAGCCUGGAAAGGGCCGCAUUGAAGGGAUGA